GUUGCUCCUCCAAAAGGUGAUGGAAUGUUCCCACCGACCCUUAUCCUCCUCCUCCCCAUGCAAACCAUUACCCUCAACAGCAAUCAAAUAAAUAUCUCCAGCGCUCAUGGCUAAUCCUAAGCCUCAAGACCUUCUCAAGUAUUCAUCUUUGUCCUAUAAAUGUCCCACCACGCUUCCAUCCAUGUCACUACCACUGUUCACACCUGAGUGGCUAGCCAUGGAGAAGCUGCCCAGGUCGCAAGUGGCGAAGGGGGCGUUCCUUCUCUUGCUCCUCUUCUUCCCCUUCAUAUCCUCGUCCCUGAGAACCUCUUACCUCUACUUCCUUCUCAACAUCCUUAUUGUUGCUCUAGGUGUCGAGGCCGGCUUCCUCGACGCCAUCUCCAGGCAUCAAGAGGAGAAGAAGGCACACAACACCGCGGCAGCUCCCACCGCCGGAAGUGCUGCACCCGUUGACGCAGCUAACUAUGUGGCUGAGGUUGUCAACCCGCGUGAACGGGCUCCGCAGCAGAAGCCGGUGGGGCAGAAGUCCGCGAAAGUUGCGCCGGGAGAGCAGACGCUCAAGCGCUGCCCCUCCAAGCCGAGCCUUUUCUUCAUCGGUGGAUUCGAGGGAGACAGUGCGGGUAAAGAGUGGGAGGAGGACGAGGAGGAGGAGGAGGAGAAGGAGGAGGAGGCUGGAGAGCUCAGCAAGCAGGAGCUGUUUGCCAAGGCGGAGGCUUUCAUUGGCAACUUCUACAUGCAGCUGAAGAUGCAGAGGGAAGAGUCGUGGAAUAAGAUUCAAGGGCUUUAUCACAGGGCUUUCUAGGCUUUCCAUGAUGCAUGCUUAAUUACUUCCAUAUCGAUGUCGCAUUUCAUUAUAUAACACGGUCAUCCCGAUCCUUGAAUUAUAAUUUGCUUUUUUUUCUUUUAUUAGAAGGGUCAGAAAGGAGUGAAGUACCAAAACCAUUUUUCUUUGGUACACCUCAUUCUUUCAUACAUGUUUCUCUGAAAGAUACAUGUAUACAUUGACAGCUUAGUCAGGAUGGUUUCUUUAA